CAUAAAUCCAGUCGACGCGCGUUUUUAAUCGCAUAUGCACGAAUUUCAUAUGUGAAUUUGUCUAUCUUUCAGAUUGUAUUAUAAACAUUAUGUGUGUCAAAGUGGUUUUUUAAUAAAACUAUAAGUGAAAGAACAAAAAAAAAAUAUGGGCAAGGUGAUUUUUGCAGCAAUGCUUGUUGAUUCAUUGAAAAACAUCGCCCUCUCGCUCACUCUGGUCCAAGCUUUGGUCGUGCUAGGAUUAACAUACUGGCUGUUCCUUCAGCCUUCUCCACCGAUACCUACCCUGGACUAUGAUGAAUGGUGGGGGCCUGAAACAUCAAGGAAGGUGGAUAGAGGUGUCACACCGUUUAAUAUUACUUUCAGUGAUGAUAUGAUAAAUGAUCUCAAAUAUAGACUGAAGAAUCACGUACCAUUCUCACCACCUCUCGACGGAGUUGGUUUCGAAUAUGGCUUCAAUACUAACAUUUUAGAUGAGUGGGUGGACUACUGGGCACAGAAGUACCCCUUCAAACAAAAGGAGAGGUUCUUAAACAAGUUCCCGCAGUACAAAACUAAUAUUCAAGGGUUGGACAUCCAUUUUAUCCGGGUUAAACCGCAGGCAAAGAACAAAGAAAUAAUCCCCUUACUUCUUCUCCACGGUUGGCCUGGGUCCGUUAGGGAAUUCUACGAGUCGAUACCAUUUUUGACAGCUGUCAGUGACAGUAGAGACUUUGUAUUGGAAGUAAUUGUUGCGAGCCUGCCUGGAUACGGGUUCUCUGAUCCAGCUGUUAGACCAGGUCUUGGUCCAGCACAAAUGGCGGUAGUUAUGAGGAAUCUAAUGCACAGACUGGGACAUGAGAAGUUCUAUAUACAAGGGGGAGAUUGGGGCAGUCAGGUGUCACAUUGUAUGACGGUUUUAUUCCCAACGGAAAUCCUCGGGUCCCACAUAAACUUUGGCAUCGUAUCAACUCUGAAAGCAAUGGUAGCCCAAUACCUUAUAUCGUUCUACCCGACUUUGUUCAUGGACAAAAAUUUGGUUGACAGACUCGAAUAUAAUAAGGGUAUUUUCCGAGAACUCGGGUAUUUUCAUCUGCAGAGCACUAAACCUGACACUUUGGGAGUGAGUCUAAAUGACUCUCCUGUGGCACUCCUUGCUUACAUCUUAGAGAAAUCAGCAGCUGCGACUGACUUCGACAAUAUAAAGUUUGAAGACGGUGGAACGAGAUCGUGGAGAUUCACGAAGGACCAGAUUCUGGAUAACCUGAUGAUAUAUUGGGCUAGCAAUUCUAUUACUACCUCAAUGAGGAUAUACGCUGAGUCUUGUAGUAAAGCGCAUAAUAAAUUAGGGAUGCAACGUAUAAAAUCUAUAGUACCAACAUGGUUAGUGCAAGCUAAGAAUGAAAUCUACUUUCAACCGCCGCUAAUUUUGAAUAUGAAAUACAAAAAUUUGGUUAACAUAACAAUUUUGAACGAAGGAGGUCACUUUCUUGCUUGGGAGAUGCCCUUAACAUUUUCAGAGGACGUUUUGAUGGCUGUUGAUGUGUUUAGAAAAUUGAAAUCGAGUGUUGAAGACGAGUUGUAAUUAUUUUGUUUUGCUAAUCAUUCCUUUGGUUUGUAAAAAUAUGUGUUUUAUCUGUGCAGAAUGCUAGUUUUAGUCGUGUGAUUUGCCAGUACGGCAUACAGAAAUUAAAAUUGUUUUCUUUCACGUCAUAAUUAAUAGUAUUUUAAGUAUUGUUAUUUUUAUACUUUUGUUAAUAAAGGAACAUUUUUUUAUAAUGAA